CCUUCGAGACUUCGACUACCACGAAACGACCCUCACUGAGGACAAGUGUGCGCGAUCACUUGACACGACAUCAUGCAUCAGCCGUGGUUAGCGGCGUUCUGGCUCCUGCCGUUGGUGGUAGCCGCUGCCAGCCAGUCCUCGGCAGGUGACAGCAAGGAGCAGCCAAAGGCCUCCUCGGCGGCAACCCGCUCCCGGCGCGGUGCCAUGGAGGAACUGCAGUCUCAGAUCCGCUGGGAGUAUGGCGGCUGGCGGCCCAUCAUGCCCGGCAGCCCCUUUUUCUUCGUGAAGACGAGCCGCGCCGUGUCGCUGGACGGCAGCGCUUCGGCGCUCACGCCCGUCCGGAUGCGCGCGCCGCAGUUGCACAACAGUCUCCACAAGGACGACUCAAAGGAGGACCUCAAGGCAGAAGCUUCCAGUGCGUCGGAACGGAUGGCCGAGUCGCAGUCCAUCGCGCGCCACGUUCCGAUGGGCGCCCCACCUGUCGGCAGCGGGGCGGGAUGCUGCGACUUUCAGCCGGUGCUGUACGUCAAGCACCAAUCAAACUCAUAUCAACAAGCUAAAGGUUCGAGUCCGGCGUGGCAAGCCACCAAACCCGAAAACAACUUGGCAGGAGACGAUGACGAGGACUACCAGAAGGACGCCGGAAAGCCCGAGGGCGACCUCAAGUCAAGCGGCUCGCAGAUUGUGCACGGAAGUCCCAUAGGAGAUGAGAGACCCCAGCUGCCUCACCAACUUCUUCAGGAUGGCCAAGACGCCCAAGCGUCGCUUUCGUCACCGACCGGCCUCGAGAGCAUGUUGAGCAAACUACCGGUCUCUAUUCACCCCGUGCUUCAAGGUCAGGGCGAGCAGAUUAUGUCAGCCCUGUCGGGCCUGGACGGAAGCAUUCAGCCGGCCAACAUCGAACAGCUACUGCAACACGUGCACGCGUCAGGCGGAGUAGCGCCCGACGUGGAACGCCUGAUAGCAGCCAUGGUAAACUCAGCCCACGGGGGCCAAGGCCACGGGCAUGGAUUGCCAGGUCCCGAAGUCCACCAAGGCGGUUCAGUACCGGGCCUGCCACCUGGUGUUCCACUCGCUCACCCGGGUCCUGGAGGACAGUACGGUGAGAACCCAACAGCUCCGCCGUACCAUCCCCGACCCGACAAGAACAUCUUCCGCUGGUACCCCAAACCAAGGGCUACGGCGCCGCCACCGCACAAGCCCACUUACACCGAGAUGCCCAGAAAGCCCGGAGAGAUGAACAGCAAGCAACAAAAUUCGCAAGGAAAGAGCUACGGCGGAGGAGGCUUCAACGAGCAGAUCCUCGUUCAGAACGCGCUUCAUGCUAUGCAGAAUGUGCAGCAUCAAAUGAUGGGGGCCACGCCCGUACACUUGGCUGUCGUUCAAGGUCCCAUCCUAGCAGGCAACGGAGUUCACCACCUUCCACAACAAGGCCCAUUGCAACAGCUGGAGGCUCCUCCACUGGCGCAUCACUACGGCGGACUAGAUGGCGAUGUGGCUCACGCGGACAGUCAACAGCACUUCGUCACUGCUAGGCCUCACGACCCUCCCAACUUCGAUCGGCAGGCUGCCAGAAGGCCCCCACAGCAGUUGCCGCCGCCCCCACCUCCUCCUCCACCGCAGCACCUGCAGCAGCGUCCACCACCACCGAAACCAGAACAGCACCAGCAGCACCAACAAUUACAACAGCACCACCAAGAGUACCAGCCUCAACAUCAUCAACAACCCCAGCAGCAUUCCGUUCCUUACCCAGGAUAUCAGGAGCAUACCAUAAGCGCCGAAAUAGUCCGUGGACGACCGCAGGGAGAUUAUGAUCCUAGACAGCCUCCCAGAAUCCAUGUAGAAGAUGUUCCAGCCGACGUCCUGGCGACGGGAAUUCAUCCAAACGGCCACCCGAUACGCGUCGAUGGCAUCAACCUCAACAUCAUAACGCCGUCGCAGAACGAGCCGCCACCGUUCCCUCCAAGGCACCCUCAGACUACAGCCUCGCCUUCUCCCGCUCCAGUGUUCACGCACUACCACAGGCCCGAAGACGUCGCGAGCGCGCCCUUCUUCCAGCACCAGCACCACCAAGACGCUUCGCACGACUCUCACCAACACCACAAUUACAACGCCACUGCCGACGCCACUGGCAAUAAGGAGCACUACUAUGACCAGCCGUCCUAUCAUCACGACGACCGCAAACAAGACAACCAGAGCUACGGAGAUCCCGUUUACCACGAAAGCCAGAAGGAGGGACAUUACCAAGACAAGGCUCAAGAGGAAGACAGCAGGGAACCGUCCAAGGAAGACGGGGGCCACACUUCGGACUCUGAGACAGAAGAAGUAGAUUAUGACCAAUACACAGAUGAAAUUACCGAGACCCCUGCUCCCGACUCGAAGAGAACCAGUGAGGCACCGCCGCAGGAACAGAAGGAAAAGACUACGCAGAGGGGAGCUAUACAUUUUCAUCCGAUACAGACUGCAACCGUGCAGAAAGAAGAGGACAAGGCCCAGCUGUAUCACGCUUACUAUGCGCCAGCCCAACACAAGCCACCUCCAGGGUACGUAAGAAUGACAGUGGAAGAAUUCAACAGACUUUUCAAGGACGCCGAGAUCCAGUUCAUCGGCUCUGAGAGCGACUUGAAUAAGAAACUGUCUGGAAAGGCUUCGCAAAGUAAGGUACAGUACUCGCAAACAGAGGACAAGGACUCCCAGACGUCUACUGUCAAGAUAGAGACAGUCGGAUCUCAGGCCGAAGAGAAGAAAGUGGCGAUAAAGACCUCUGUCUCCGUGAGCACGAGCACGAGCACGGGUAACAAGGGCGCCUACCACUCAUUCAUCCAACCCAGGGAAAACGCCGGCCGUGCGGCAAGCGAUUCACCUCUGGCCAACCUGCAGGCCACCACGCGCAAGACGUUCAAGACGACCACGAGCAAGCCAUCUACGCCAGAAAACAAGGACAACUCACCUGCCAAUCUGUUUGGGGCCAGAAUCAAGAUGCCAAGGUCGCAAAAGAGCCAGUCGUGAUCCGGGUUUCCCCAUAUGAUCUAGUGUCGUUCUUUUUUAAGAACACAAAUGGUCAGCCAAGAAGGCUGGUCUUUGCCGCCUUGUACAAUACUAUACAAAAAGAUCACAAGUACAACUCCAUGUGGCGGCAAAGCUUUCGCCAGUAGAUUGGAAGAAAAUAGAGUUACCGUAACAAAGGAAAUGCUCUGCGACAUCCACGAUUGGACGACGAGCGCCGAAGACCUCUCUUCGAGUUGAAUAGAUUGCGUGCCGGGAAGGGAACAAACAAAUAGAAGAUACCUGAGCACGAAGAGAGAAAUUCUCAUUCCUUUAAAUUAAGAGGACAAAGAGAGAAAGGGAGUACGCAGAGCAAAUAGAAUCAAAAAGCGUGAAACGGUAUAAGCUACACGAAACACGAAGAUGGGCGGGAGCUGAAGAAACAGUGCUGUCGUGCAACGUUGGACGGAUGAUUGAUCUACAUGUGUGCAAGUGUGUGCGUGAGUUUAUUAUUGUGAUUCUCUACCAUCAGCAUUAGCCUGCGUGAGUGUAAUAUAGCUCCACCCCCCCGUGAAAUGACGCCAAGAGGGACCAAACACUUCGCGCCACCGGAUUUCAAGAGCCCAUCUUUACUUCGUCGCUUGUUCAAACGCCGUUCAACGAACUUAUUUAUUGUUACCUCGGAACUAACCGGUAAAGAUAGUGAGUGUGAGUGAAACUGAAUGAAGGAGGCAGCAUAGUUCGGAUUUCGAUCUGUAUACGACGUCGGGCUCGGCCCGCAGCGAGCACCAGAUGGCGCAACUUGUACAUAGUGUAAUUCAGUCCAGUAAAGCCGUUUGUAUGAAGUCUC